GUCAGUGUGCUUCUCAGGUGCCUGCCCUUUCCCAAGCUGGGAAGUCAGGAGACCAGGCAGUGGCAACUGUGCUUCGGAUGGUCAGGCCCCAGGGAUCUGCAGCGUACCAGUUCCUGUCUGUGGACUAUACUGAGAGGAAGUGGAAAGGUCCGGCCCUCAGUCAGAGAGCCGUGUACCGGAGCAUCGUGCCAGAAAAUUACUGCAGCAUGGCCUCAUUGGCAGGUGAGACUAGGAUGCGGCGUUCAGAGUUGCCUGCAAGGCAGGAAGUUUCUAAAGGACCGGCGUCAUCUGAUGGGAUAUCAGGAGGCCUCUGUGGAGUAGUUUCUGGGGAACCAGAGACAGGAGCUGCCUGUGAAGGUACUUUAGAGAAGCUGGAAGGGCAAUCCUCAGAUGAAGAAGGGAGCAGACUGGAAAGUGAUUUCUUCAAAAUAACACACGAGGAUAAAGAUAAAUCCACAAAAGAUGGAUGUGAUGAAUAUAAUGAACUUGGGAGACAUCCAGGUCUGUCCUCUAGUGCUGCAGAACAUCGAGGAGUUCUGAAGGGACAGAAAUUUUAUCAAUGUGAUGAAUGUGGUAAAGCUUUCAAUUGGAGUUCACACCUCAUUGGGCAUCAGAGAAUCCACACUGGAGAGAAACCCUAUGAAUGUAAUGAAUGUGGUAAGACCUUCAGGCAGACCUCUCAGCUCAUAGUUCAUCUGAGAACCCACACAGGGGAAAAGCCCUAUGAGUGCAGUGAGUGUGGAAAGACUUACCGACACAGCUCCCAUCUUAUUCAACACCAGAGACUCCAUAAUGGUGAGAAACCCUAUAAAUGUAAUGAAUGUGGAAAAGCUUUCAAUGAGAGUUCCAAACUUUUUGACCACCAAAGAACCCAUACUGGGGAGAAACCUUAUGAAUGCAAUGAGUGUGGGGCUGCCUUUAGUCGAAGUAAAAAUCUUGUCCGGCAUCAGGUACUUCACACUGGAAAAAAACCUUACAAGUGUAGUGAGUGUGGGAAAGCUUUCUGUUCUAACAGAAAUCUUACUGACCAUCAGAGGAUCCAUACUGGGGAGAAGCCUUAUGAGUGUAAUUUAUGUGGCAAGGCCUUUAGUCGGAGUAAAUGUCUUGUUCGACAUCAGAGCCUCCACACUGGGCAAAAACCAUACAAAUGUAGUGAAUGUGGGAAAGCCUUCAGUCAGAUCUCUCAACUUGUUGACCACGAGCGAAUUCAUACUGGAGAAAAACCUUUUGAAUGUAAUGAGUGUGGUAAGGCAUUCAGUCUGAGUAAAUGCCUUAUUCGACAUCAGAGACUUCACACCGGUGAAAAACCCUAUAAAUGUAAUGAGUGUGGAAAAUCCUUCAAUCAGAACUCAUACCUCAUUAUACACCAGAGAAUUCACACUGGUGAGAAGCCUUAUGAAUGUAAUGAGUGUGGGAAGGUCUUCAGUCAUAAUUCUAGCCUUAUGGUUCAUCAGAGAACCCAUACUGGGGAGAAACCGUAUAAAUGUAGUGACUGUGGGAAAGCCUUUAGUGACAGCUCACAGCUUACUGUGCACCAGAGAGUUCACACAGGAGAGAAGCCCUAUGAAUGUAUUGAGUGCGGGAAAGCCUUCAGUCAGCGUUCCACUUUUAAUCACCACCAGCGAACUCACACUGGAGAGAAGCAUUCAGCUCUGGCUCGCACAGUUUAUUGAGACAUGAUUCUCCAAGAUAGCAAGAUAUUUUGAGUUAAUCUUUUUUUGUAACAAAGAUACUCACCCUC